AUGGAUAUUCCUCGAUUGGGGGAGCCGAAAGAUUAUGACCAGCCAACGAUGCAGCGACCGUUAGAAUCAUCUUCACGAACGUCACCUCUAAGCGUACAGACGAACCCUGUCAUAAAUGCGAAUUUUAAGGCGCCUUCCAUGAUGUCGAUGACUUCGAUUCAUGCAGGUUCGCAGAUAUCCACCAUGUCAUCGAUUGUCGACACGGAUUCGGCUGAGCUCACUGACCAACAACAACAAAAAUUUGAGAACAUAUCAAUAGCCUUAUGUCCAACGCAUCCAGAAUACGGGAAUGCGGAAGCGGAUGGCCUCGAUGACGUAGCGAAGGUGAAUGCGCAAAACAACGGUGAACUCAUAAGACUGCUAAUUGAACACGCCAGGACAGUCCCAUUCUCUUGCUACAAGUAUGCAUUGCUAACCUUGCAUAGCUUGGUUUCUGACAAAGUUCACGGAUCUCAGUGCGCUCAGCAAGCGAGGCAGAUGGACACUAUGCAGGUUGUCUCCGAAUGGUUGCAACAUGAAAAGAGCGAGAAGCUUCUUCCUGUUAUAGUAGACUUAGUACGGAUACUGUGUGACAAGAAUCAUGAGCAGAAGGCAUACUUCCUUGGUAUGAAUGGAAUACCAAAACUGUUGAACAUUCUCAAAAAAUGCCUAUAUGAGAAUUGUCUUUGGAGAACAACUCGAUUACUUACCAUGUUUUCUAAUUUUAAUCCACAAAUGCUGGUGCAAUGUAAUGCGCCAGCAGUACUUGCACCUCAGCUGGCACACGAUUCCGAACGAUUGGUGUUGGUUUCGCUAGAGUGUCUUCGAAAUAUUAGCGAUGUCCCAACAGAAGCUAAUCGUUGCGAACUGCUGCGAGCAUUACUGCGAUUGUUUGGACAUCGUAAUCAUAAGGUUAUACGAUAUACACUGGAUAUUCUUGCAAACCUUUGUGCAAAUAACAAAGUUAACAAGGAAUGUAUAUUGUCGAUUUUGUGCACAUUAUGUGUUGGAAAUAGCAUGAGUGAAGAAGUCCGGAUAGAAGUGUUCCGACAGCCACAAUUAUUCUUAGAAAAGUUGAUUCAUAUGAGGCCAGUCUUAUUAAAGCAGACAUUGCAGCUUCUUUCGAAGGUGGCCUUGAGAGACGAGAAUUUGGAAGGCUUUAGGAAUUGCUCUAUAGAUGGGAUAUGCUUCAUUCAACAAAUAGUCUAUAUUUUACGAGUUGCCUGUAAUCAACCACCAGAGACACAAAUGGUAGAAGGGAUCAAAGUUAAUGAAUUAAUCAAUAUUUCAAUGAGCGUAUUACAUUGUUUAUGCCGUGACAGGGAACUGCUGGAAAUGGUGGUGUAUUACCUUCUCUAUCCUGAAAACAUGAAAGUUAGAGAUUGUGAUGUGCUGCUUCCUGUCUAUGCUCUUCACGAUAUUCACGAAGAAUCAGUGAGAAAAACAGCGAUCUCAUUAAUCGAUGCUACUGUGCAUCAUCCAAAGAUGGCCAUGUUCUUCAGUCAAAACCAUAAUUUGAUCAGUGGUCUGCAACAUUUCGCUAGGAGCUGUAACCCUGUCUUGGCGCAUCUCGCUAAGGAAUCUUUAAAAUCCAUAAUGCUCGGAGGAACAAUGUCACGAAAUCAGUUUCCGCCUUCCUAUAUGAGAACUAAGGAAAAGCCUCUACCCCCGCUAGAAGUAUCAACUUCUUCCACAGCUGCUCCAUCGACUAUAUCAAGCCCGACAGCACGAAAUAUGCGAAUGGCUAGUGAGUCAGCGUUGUGGCAAGGGCCAAUGGAAGGGGCCGGGGAGCAAUUACCAGAGGACUUCGCGGUAGCCGAUGAUCCAUUUGUAAAUGUUUUUUGUCCGACAGCCGCGCCCCAGAGUUCUCCUCCAUUCUCACCGCCUGUUAAUCACUCUAUGAAUGACAACGCAUUAGGAGUAUGCGGAGAUGAAGCUAUGCAGAUCAGCAGUCCACAGAGCACGUGGGAUUCGCCUCACUCACUUCAAUAUAUGGAACAUCUUGGAUGUAUUGCUCCACAAAUGGGACUGUCCCAUCCGAGUCAACAUAUGUCUGAGACAGAUUUACCUUCCCAUAUGACUGCCUACCCACAUCAUCAAACACAGCCAAUGCCAUAUGUAAGUCAAUCAUGGCACGCUCAAAUGCCUCAUCUACAUGCGGAUGUAGGAAUUUAUUCUAUGCACAAUUAUUAUCAAAACCAAUCCUAUCCAUCAAAUCCAGAUUAUCAACAACGAUAUGAUCAGUACCACCACCAGUAUGGUCGAUUCCAUUAA